AUGUGAAAAGAUCCGCUUGAAUACACGCUGUGAUCCAAGACAUUUUUGGCAAUGAGUAAUAGGAUUCGCGAAAAUAUUUAAGAGAAGGGAAAGGCAGCCUGAUGCUCUGGUGACCUUCUGUAUUCUGGGAUGGAAUGUGGCAGACUCUGGAUUCGGGUCCGUGGCUACUUUCUUAGCUUGAAUAGGACCCCCAAAAGGGUGAAGAAGCUGCAAUCGAUAGGCCUUUUCGUUGGGUGGCCAUGGCUGGAAAAUCUUUUGUUGGAGAGCUCUGUCUGGAGUACCAUCUGCCACAUCUGGAGGAAACUGGGCCCACAAUUGUGGGGGACGAGCACUCGGAUGAGGAGCUUAUGAGAUACCUUGGAGCUGAGAAAACUACUACAUUAGGAAGUAACUUUUCGGAAUAUCGUGUGAGAGAUCCUCCACGGCUCGUGCUGGAUAAGCUGGAGGCAAUUGGCUAUAGUGUGAUCAGCAUGACCGGUUUAGGACAGACACUAGUCUGGUGUCUGCACAAAGCUUCUUAGCCACAUGGAAUCUUUACCUUCGUAUCAGCAUUCCCAGACUGAAUAUGGGAUAUCAAGACAAAAACUCGAUUAUCACACAUACUGCUUAGAGACGUGCAUUCCGUCCGAAAUGUUUCAAAGACUGUGGAUACACUAAUGUUCUCCAAUCCGUACUUUCUCCCAUUUCACCAAUAGCUGUAGACUGUUGCAUUUUGUGGAGUACAGUCUUCAUCCUAUAAGCACCCUUCAUGUAUACACCUUAGUAUUCACUGUUUGAUCAGAUGAAAUAAUCACCUAUCAUGCACGCUGCAGUAAAUGCUAGCAAAUGAUCAAGAGCAUUUUUCCAGGUUAACUUUACUCCCUUCCUAGCACUGGUCACCAAGAACUACAAGCAGACAAGUUUAGUGUCUAAACCCUAGAGAUUCAAAAGGCUCGUUGCCACACUGAACAAAAUAAGUAACCACUGACAGUGGAGCUCGCACCACUAACGCACUUAACGAUUCAGUUUGAAACUGAUAGAUCCUAUGGGAAUGAGAGAUUCCAAUUGUACAUAACUCUUACUCAGCCAACAAUGUCACAAUAUUAUUGCAAAAGGGAGCCUGUGGUUGAUGACCAGGGUUACACUGAAAUAUAGCUUGCCCAAUUUAUCCAGCCUGCUAAAGACAAUAAGCAGCUGUACUGAUCAGCCCGGGAAACUCCCACAUUCAGUCCCUUGCUGCUCCUAACCUACAGUAAAUGAACGAAAGAUUAACUGGAAUACUUACAGUUACCCAUUAUUCAGUGACCCGUGCAGGGAAUGAGAGUUAAUUUUCAAUGAGGAAAUGAAUGAAAUUGCCCAUGACCUCUGUGGUUGAGCAACGCUAUACGUUAAGCGUUAUUGUGUUUCAAAAGAAUGAAUUGUAUGGGAGGCACUCGCUGAGAAUGUGUGGUGCCAAAUAAAUGCAAACUUUGUCUUUUUCUUUGCUGACAUUCACUGUUCAGUUUCACAAUGGAAUCAUGCCCUUUUGAAUGAGGAUCAAUUAAAUGAGAGGACAAUCAUUUACAAA